AUGCAAGUUAUUGAGCCACUAAAACCUACAAAAAGAGAACAUGCUGUGAGUAUUAAUGCUCAAAAUCCUCGAAGUUUCUUUGUAUCAGCAUUGAGUCAAUCUAGACCAAAAGAAAAGCCAUUGAGUGCAUACGAUAGGAGCUCUCAAAGCUCUCCUAUAAGGAAAAGUCCAUUUUCUUUUCCUUCACAUAAUUAUCCACCAAAUUAUAUCAAAGACGAAGAUGUUCCUGACCAAGGAACACGUUUCAUUGUAAAAGGAUACCAAGAUGUUACAUUUGUACUAAUUUGCGUAUCAAAGAGUGGUCAAUACGUUUUAUACAAUCUAAAUACAUCUUCUGUAGAAUGGAGAUAUCCUAGCGAGCUAAUAGAAAUUGGUGGCCCAAUAGAUUAUGGAUUAGUUGAAGAUUAA